AUGGCACCUCUUGUUCCCUCGCAAGAGGAGCUACAGCGUCGCCGUAUCAUCGGUAUCAAUGCUGAAACUGUCACCAAUAUCCCCUCCACAGAUUUUCCUGGACAUUGGCCCGGAGAGUCGCAUGGUUGGGCCCUUGAUGAAUUCCAGAAGAAUUUCCGGGUCGAAUUCCACCAGAACGAUAAAUUGGAGGCUUCUUUCUCGCUGAUCGGACUCGAUGCCUCGGUCGCCAAUGCUUUCCGCCGCAUUCUCAUGGCCGAGAUCCCAACUAUCGCCAUUGAGGAUUGUUUCAUUUACAACAACACCUCCGUCAUUCAAGACGAAGUGCUCGCACAACGACUAGGCCUGAUCCCGCUGAAGGGUUCCGUCGAGGGAAUCAACUGGAUGCAAUGGUUCAAGAAGGCAUCAGAGGACGGAACUGGAGAGGAAAACGGCACCUUCGAUUUUAAUACCAUUGUGCUCCACCUCGAUGUGGAAUGCUACAAGAAUGAGUACGCAGCCAGUGACGAGCAGGACCCCCGCAAGCUCUACACCAACGCCCACGUUUACGCCAGGGACCUCAUGUUCACUCCCGUUGGUCGCCAGGAGCAAUUCUUCGUCGAUGAUGGUGCCAUUGCGCCCGUCAACCCGGAUAUUCUGAUUGCCAAGCUGCGUCCUGGUCAGGCUAUUAAGAUGGAACUGCACUGCCAGAAGGGUAUUGGUGCUGAUCACGCCAAGUUCUCCCCUGUUUCCACUGCCUCAUACCGUCUCCUGCCUGAUAUAAAGAUCGAGCGUCCCAUCCUCGGAGAGGAUGCGAAGAAGUUCGCCAAAUGCUUCCCCAGGGGCGUUAUUGGCCUAGAGCCCGUCACUGCCGCUGAGGCCGCGCAGCGCGGAAGCGGAUACGAGGGCCACGCCGGCGAACAGAAGGCUGUCGUCAAGGAUGCGUUCAAGGAUACCGUCAGCAGAGAGUGUUUGCGCCACGACGAGUUCCAGGGUAAGGUCAAGCUCGGAAGGGUGCGCGAUCACUUUAUCUUCAACGUGGAGAGCUCUGGUCAGUUUGACAGUGACGUUCUCUUCCUCGAAUCCGUCAAGGUUCUGAAGCUGAAGUGCAACCGGUGGAAGAGAGGUUUGACCGACUUGAUGGGUUAA